AUGGCGUCUUUUGUUCGAUAUUCUAUUCGUCCAGUCAGUCGGAUGAUUGAUCGCAGGCUCUUCAUUUCAUCGUGUUCAUUUGUUCGAUGGAAGUCUGUUUUGGCUCAGCAAUCCGAGGUAAGCUUUUAUAGCUUCAAGUUUAUUUGCUCAGUCUACUAUGGCUACACUGUAGCAUUGUGAAAAUGCUGCUCUACUUAUUUGGUUAACAUAAAGUACAACGUAGACUCUUAUGUUUUAUUGUAACAACAAGUAAAAUGAGCUUAUAAAGCUUAAAUAAAGCUUGUUGUUGUUGUUGUUGUUGUUGUUGCAAGUUAUGCCUGUUUCGAACGUCGUGCUCCUGACAUAAUUAUUGGUACCGAAACUUGGUUAUCUUCUGCCCAUAGCUGUACUGAGAUAUUAUUUUCCAGCUCGUACCAAAUAGAAAGAAGAGACAGGGGGCAGACCCACACCGUCGCCACACGAUGGUGUUCUGAUUGCUCAUAAGAAAGAUCUUGCUGUCACCAGGGAGAAUGAUAUGGAAACAGAUUGUGAAAUCUUAAGGUGCAGUGUUCAACUAGAUGGCUGCAAAACCAUUUAUCUGGGUGCUUAUUGUAGACUGCAUGAAGAUGAUGAAUAAUUCUUGUUAGAGCUUGAAAGGUCACUGUCUUUAUAAAAGAUCACCAUCAUGUAUUACUAGGCGGUGAUUUCAACCUCCCAGGUUUAGUCUGAAUUUCAUCCGAUUACGUAGAGUCAUUAUUACUCCCUCAGUAACGCUUGAAUUGACCGGCCGUAAAUGCUGUGCAGUGACGCCACUACUCCUUUGCUUUAAUUCAUGUAAAAAGUAAAACACGAUUUUCAAGUGGCAAACCAAGAAAUAUCAUUUGGAAAUGUCUACAUGAUACAGAACAGCUGACAGAAUUGCCUUGCUUUUUUCGAUUGUAAUUCAUGUUUUUAAAACUUUCCCCAAACUAUCAACUGCAUGCAGUACUCUGAACCGUUUGUAAUUCAAACUCGGUCACAAUCACCUAAUGAAAUAAAUACACACACGGAACGCUUAGUUUAAAAACACAACAAUUUCCUUUAAUUGAAAAGAAGCUAUUUGGUCCUUAACAAUGAAUAAAGAAAACAAGGAAUCAAGAAAGAAAAGCUAACUGAGUCAUUACACUUGACGGUAAAACCAUGAAGGUCGAAUGACAGCAUGACUUUGGUCUCAGAAACUUCGCAUGAACAAAUUAAAAUCACUGCGGAAGCUACAAAGCAGCUCUAAAUGAAAAACCUACCUACUCUACGCAAUGAUUCUUCAUUCGUAAUUCAAUUUAGCAAUUCAGUUUCGAAGAUAAGGGCAAUUUUGCUCUUUACGAUAAAAGAUUAUCAAAAUGUUUGAACUCCAUGCAAGCAUGUCACCGAUGCGAUCUGCUGAAUAUUAAGCGACAAUCCCGCUAAAAUUUCUCGUAAUUAUACAUGAUUAUGCAAAUGUUUAGACAAUCAACCAAUCAAAAUCACUACCCGGUUUCGGGUAGUAGCGACGUCACUGGAUGGCAUUAAUGGCUGGUCGAUUCAGACGUUGCUGAGAGGAGAAAAUGACUUGAAGCACUUGGAUGAAAUUCAGAAAUCCCAGGGUGGGACUGGUGUACGUAGGUAGGAAAAUAAAGUAGCUGAUAAAUAAUAAUUAACUAACAGACAUUAAGUUCAUUUGUGUACAGUGUCCAAAGUAGCAAGAGCUUUCAUGUUGGACAUGUUCAGAUAAUCGGCAGCAGUAGAUAAAUAAUAAUUAACUAACAGACAUUAAGUUCAUUUGUGUACAGUGUCCAAAGUAGCAAGAGCUUUCAUGUUGGACAUGUUCAGAUAAUCGGCAGCAGUAAAGAGACUCAGGAAAUAAAAUCUCAGAUAAUAUCAGUGAUAGGACAUAUAAGAAUAGGAAGAAUAGGAAGAACUUAACAACAAAUGAACUCUGGGAGAAACUUAACGCUUCGAUUAGCAAAGGAAUUGAUAGGCACAUACCACACAAAUUCAGCAAGCCAAAAGACAACGUACCUUGGAUUACACCCAAGAUUAAGAAGGUGAUUAAAAAACGGAAUAGGUUGUCAAUCAAAUGUAAGGGCUUUGCAAGGGCCCUAGGAGUUGUUGAUCCAAGCAAGAUCACAAAGAGGAUUAAGUGGUUUAAGAAAGAUAUUGAAAGAGAAAUGCGGCAAGCUUUCUGGAGGUAUAUGGAGUCUAUCAUAACCGCCAUUGGCAAGGAGAGUAAGAAACAGCCAGGAUUAAAAAGAUUUUGGACCUUCAUCAAGCACUGUCGAUCUGACAUUUCGGGGAUCAGCUUGUUAAUUGAUGAAACAGGAAGUAAAAUAUCUGCACCAGAUCAAGUAGCUAAUAUUCUUCCAGUCUGUCACAUGACUUGUUUCCAUCUAUCUCUCCCUUCCCAAGCAUGCCUGAUAUUCUAAUAUCAGAACCAGGAGUCUUGAAACUACUACAUGAACUGAAGGUACAUAAAGCUGCUGGCCCAGAUCAGAUUAGACCUAGGGUAUUGAGGGAACUGUCUCACAUUAUACAUGUAGUUCCUAUACUGACUCUGAUUUACAGAAGAUCAUAUGACACAGCCCAGGUAACAGUGACUGGAAAAAGACUUAUGUGACUCCAGUCUUCAAGAAAGGGAGAAGGUCAGAGGCUGGAAACUAUAGGUCAAUAUCACUGACAUGUAUUGCCUGCAAGAUCAUGGAGCAUAUUCUUGUCAGUAAUAUGAUGAAACAUGCAAAUGGCGCGAUCUCCUGUACCAUCUGCAGUGAUGGCUUCAGAGAAAAGAGGUCUUGUGAUACACAGUUGUUGGAAUUUGUUCAUGACCUUGCAUGUAAUAUUCAGGGUUGGGGGCAAACGGAUGUCUUGUUUAUGGACUUUUUGAAAGCUUUUGAUAAGGUGGGCCACCAAUACUUGAUAAAGAAGCCAGACUUCUACAGUUUACGGAACAAAACGAGGGAUUGCACACAGUCUUUCCUAGCUAACAGAACACGGCAAGUUGUCAUUAAAGGAAAGUUUUCAGUCAUUGCUCAAGUGUAAUCUGGUGUCGCUCAAGGCUCUCUAUUGGGCCCAUGUCUUUUCUUGUUCUACGUUAAUGAUCUACCAGAUAACCUUGCCUUUGCAGUUCAUGUGUUUGCUGAUGACACCCUGCUAUACCUAGCUGUGAAGUUGCAAAGUGAUAAAAACUCUCUGCAGAAGGAUCUACACGAACUUGAAAACUGGGAGAACAAGUGGCUCAUGGAAUUCAAUAUAAACAAAUGCCAGCUCCUGUGUGUGUCCUGCAAAUGGGAGCCACUUAACCAUGAAUACACCCUUCAUGGUAAAAUACUGGAAAUGGUUGACUCUGUAAACUAUUUAGGAGUAACAAAAACAUUGGAUCUAAGAUGGGAUCAACAUAUCUCGAACGUUGCAACUAAAGGAAACCAGACUCUAGGCUUCCUAAGAAGAAAUCUCAGAAUUAACUCUCCAGCCGUGAAAUCAAUCGCCUACAAGAGCUUAGUCCAGCCCACUGUGGAAUACGCCUCAACUGUUUGGGACCCAUAUACCAAACAAGAUAGGGAUAGAGUAGAAAUGGUGCAAUGUAGAGCAGCACGUUAUGUCCAAGUUACCAAAGGUCUGGAAGUGUCACCGAAAUGUUGAAACAACUUGAUUGGGAAACUUGAGAACUACGUAGAAAGAAAGCUAGACUAACAAUGCUGUACAAAAUGCACUGUAACUUAGCUGCAAUGGACCAACAGAAAUAACUCGAGCCAGCCAGCCAAUCCAGUAGGCAUAUGCACAGACUCUCCUAUAAAGUCCCGGCAUCAGAAACAAACUAUCACUUUUACUCUUUUUUUCCCUAAUACCAUUAGGGACUGGAACAGCCUACCCCUGAUAAACUCUUUCCGAGCCCAUGUGGACGUGUUUUGAUUAUUGUUAUUUUACUGUCAUUAUUAAUUAUUACCAUUAGUGAGGCUGCUGACCUCUUGCUGAGAAUCUUCGUAUAGAUGGAGAGCAAGUACUUGGAAAAUAAUAAAUAAAUAAUAAAAUUUGUGCCUACACUCAACUGAUAGAAUUUGGCACGACAGUGGCGCAACGUUUGAAAUCAUUCAGUUUGGUAACUUGAAUUUAGUUUGACACGGCAAUUAAAUUCGACAUGGUCUGCCACGCUACACGGCAGUGGCAUGGCUUGGUUUCAAACACCAUGCUAUUGCCGUGCCAAACUCAAUUCAUAAAUCAUGAAAAUGUAUGUGUUUAAAUGUUUUGACUCUACUGUGCCUGACUGUGAUGUUUUCUUUAUUUUGAAAUUGGGGCGACUGAAGUGAAUGCUACAUUUGAAACCACUCCCAUGCUAUUGCCAUGCAACUGCCAGGUCAAAUUUAUUUGUGAUCGACACGGCAGUAGCGCAACGUUUGAAAUGGGCCUUAUUUGGGGGUUAGAUGUAAGUCAACAAGAUGCUUCUGUGUCGAAUAAUAAUUGAAAGUUAGGGUGAGUUGAGCUGUGAAUUGAAUCAUAAAUGUAUCUUCUUAAAUGGUGACAAAGGUUAAAGUGUAAGGUAGAUGCUCGUGCACCUUAAGUAGUACCUGUAUAGUAGUUAGAAUACGAGCUGCUGUGUAGCAAAGGUAGGCUGUUAAUCAAAUGUCUGGCAUUUGUUUAUUUUGUGUAAUUAUCUUUUUAAAAAGAUGAAGUAUUAUUUUUUCUCUGGCAGGCCUCCUAUUCAGCAGUUGAUGACAGCAUCAAGAAAGCAUUUCAAGAAAUAGUUGGAGAAAAAAAUGUGUCAUCUGCCAUGGUUGUAAGAGAACAACAUGGAAAAGAUGAAUCUCAUCACAAGUGUCAUCCAGCUGAUCUUGUUGUUUGGCCAGAAAACAAGGAACAAGUCAGUGAAGUGGCAAAACUUUGUAAUGAUCAUUGUAUUCCACUGAUUCCAUUUGGAUCUGGGACUGGACUGGAAGGAGGUGUUGUAGCUAAAAAGGUGAAUGCAGGCUCCUUUAAUCACUCGGCACGUAGGUAGAAAACUUACCAUGUUACAAGAUCUUGAAUAACACUGCAAGAUUUUGUAACUUUAAGAUAGCAAGAUUGAAGUUGUUACUGUUAGACUUAACGCAAUCUGAGCAGGGCAAAAAACUUCCACUCCUCUGCGUGUCAGAGAAGAGUACUCUCUUAUCUUAUAAGAGUGGAUUUCCAAAAGUAAUUGUGAGUGAAAGUAGCCUUUGUUGUUUCCUUUUUUGUUUCUUACUCUAUGAAGCUUGACCUUUAUCUGGUCAUCUUGAUAUUUCUAGAACUUUGCAUUUCGAGACCCCAUUUUUGCAUCCUGAAACUGGAUUUGCUUGAGUAAAGCAGUAGAGUAGAAAAAUGUAAAUAUAUCCUCUUUGCUGUUAGCAGCCACCUUUAUCAACUGACUGCAUCUACCUUCAACUUUAUUAAGUGACCAGUAAGUGUUGGAGACAAUAAAGAUCCGGCCGCAGUUGUUCAAAAGUUGGAUAGUGCUAUCCACUGGAUAAAUCGCUAUCCAGAGGAUAAGUGUAUUACGAUAACCAAUUGCGCUAAACAGUGGAGAGUAACUUAUCCAGUGGAUAGCACUAUUUACUUUUCAAACAACUGGGGCCCGGCCGCAGUUGUUCAAAAACUGGAUAGCACUAUCCACCCGAUAAAUCACCAUCCAAUGGAUAAGUGCUAGGGAAACCAAUAUUGCUUUAUCCAGUGAAUAGUGAUUUAUCCGGUGGAUAGUGUUCUCCACCUUUUUAACAACUGGGGCCUGACAAUACAGUCUGAAAUACAGUGUAGAUGAUUACAACUGAUUAUGCUCCUAGAAUGUAGCUGUCAUUAGGGCUGGGAGCUGGCAAUAUUCCCUGGAUACUAUAUGAACUAUAUUUGGCAUAGUUAAUAGCAUUUUUCGAAUUAAGUUGAAUUAGGAUGAGAACCUUAUCUCAACGAUUUGUGGAGAUUUUGAUCUUUUGUGUGCUCAAUACUGUAGUUCUACUCAGUUUAUUAAUGUGAUUUCUAAAGUGAUACUUGGCAAAAGAAAAAUGAAACUUAGGUUUCUGUUUAAGAUUAUACCAAUUUCUGGCAAUCCUCCAUUAAGCAGCCAAUCUCCAUCAAGUGGGAACUGUGCUUGCAGCCAUUACCCUGAGGGUGGCUGAAACCUUUUCAUAAUAUUGUGUCAUGUGUAAUGUACAUGUUUGGUAUUCCAUUUUUUUAGGGUGGUGUCAGUGUAGAUAUUACAAAAAUGAAUGAGAUAGUUGAAUUCAAUCCAGAAGAUUUUGAUGUGACAGUGCAGGCUGGUGUCACUAGAAAUCAACUCAAUAAUUAUGCCAAAGACUCAGGAUUGUGGUUCCCAGUUGGUAUGUGAUCAUUUCAGCUCAAGUUUAGUUUUAUUUUAUUUGUUUUUUCACUGAUUAAAAUACUAAAUUUCCAAGUAGGGCUAAUAAAAAGGGACCUGUACAUGUACAUCUGCUCAAUAUCACAAGAUAAAAUGGAGGAGGGUACAAAACAACAAAUGUACAGAUUAAAUUAGGAGGAUAGCUGUAUAUUAUGACAUAGCUGAGAGUACCAUUAUAUUUAUAAAACUUUUGAAAUUCAGAGAUGUGUUAGUUUGUUCUUCACAUUGAUAUAACUGGUAGUUCUUGCCACUGCACAUAGUAGCAGAAACACUAAUCAAGGCAGGUCAGGUGCAGUUGCACAGAAGAAAAUAUAUAUCGCUUUUAUAUAUAUUUAUAUUGAAUACAUUUGCACAUAAAAUUACUUGUAAUUACAGAUGAUUGAAAGAAAAAAAAGGAAAAAAAUUCAAAUUUUAUGUUACAAUUAAACAGGAUUAUGUAGUCAUGUCAAAGCUGUUUAAAUUUUGAGGUAAAAGUGAGAGUGUCAACAUAAUCAUCCUCCGGCAACAAGAUAUCUAAGAGUUGACAAUGAAUUGCCUCCUUAUAUAAUUUUAUAAUUAUUAAUUUUUGAUAUUGAAUCAAUUACAGAUCCAGGUGCGGAUGCCAGUUUAGGUGGAAUGGCAUCAACCAGUGCAUCUGGCACAAAUGCCGUAAGGUAAUUUGAUUUUUUUUCAACUUUGUUCUUAAUAAUUUUGUAACAAUUGUUUCAAGUCUGACACUUGCCUUACCGUUGUGUAUGCAUAGUAUCUAUCAGUAUCUGUUUCUUUAUUUUUUGAACUGUAAUGCUGAUAAAUAAGAUAUGGUAUGGUUUAUCUUUCAAUUUUUCGACCUUGCCUUAUGACUGUUAUACUUUUAACAGGUAUGGCACUAUGAGAGAGAAUGUGAUGAACCUAGAGGUUGUUUUACCAGAUGGGCGGAUUAUUAAUACUGCUGGUGAAGGCCGUCGGACAAGGUUAAGUGAAAAUCAGAUACAAUGUAUUUUCUUUUAAUAAAUGACAUAUACACUGUAUGCAUAUUUUAGUGUUCAAGACAGUAGGGCUUUUCUGUGGUAUAAACUUAAAAUCUCAUUCGGGUUUAUCUGUGAGGAGAGAGUGUAGGUGUACCCCAUGGGUACAUGUGUUUUAUGUAUUUGCAUGAAUAUAUGUAUGUCAUUUGUUUUCCUUUAAGCUGUCUCUUGCUCAUCACAUACUAAAGCUACAGUUCUUUUCUAUGACUAUUGUCUCCAAACUCCUCAUUUUCCUAACUUUUUUCUCCACAGAAAGACAUCCGCAGGAUAUAACCUGACAAACCUGUUUGUUGGUUCAGAAGGCACCUUGGGUAUAAUUACAAAAGUGACUCUAAGGCUCUAUGGAAUACCAGAAUCGGUAUGUUUUUUCAUGUGAAAUAGUUACAUUUUGUUAAUUAAGACUGCUCUACACGUAAAUUCUCAUAGAACCGCCAUGCAAAGCAAGAACUUUGUAUUUCCUUCUUGUAGCCGAAGACAUGAGGGAUGCUCAUGAAGUGAGCAAAAGCAAGCAACAUAGGUCAUUUCCCCACUGACCACCAAGCCAGCAGAAACAGGGCUUUGAGAAAGUCUAGGAAAAUGCCUCUGAAACUUUCUAAUGUUGUUGCAAAUCCAGUAGAAGUCAGUCAUAAUUUGCCUAAUAAUGGACUUGUUUUGCUGUGUAAUGUGAUGUCUUGACAGUUCUACAUUCAUGAUUUCCUAAUUAGUAAUUUGUUUGCUCUCUAUCAGAAGACAUUGUAUUUCAGGUCAAAACAUUUUAUCUACAACUGAAUGGUGUGUCUCAGAAAAAUCUAUAUGCUUAACACUGGCUUCAUAAUCCUGUAAUUUCCACCCAUUUCUAAUCCACUUUUCUUUUUUUUCUUAUCCUAGACGGCAUCUGGUGUGUCUUCGUUUCCUGAUGUUAAGUCAGCUGUUGAUGCUGUGGUGGAAAUCCUCCAGUGUGGAUUGCCCAUGGCAAGGAUUGGUAAGUACACAUGUAGUUGGCUGAAAAAAAAAAUUCAUUCCUGCUUUGUUUAUGGUGUUGGUGCUCUACAGCAUAGCCAGUUUUCCAGCACUCCUCUCAAAUAGUUUUAAACAAUAAUGCACCAAUAACAUAACAGAACUAAAACCCCUUACUGACAGGAGGCAGUCAGUUGUCUAUUUACUGUAAAUCCUCUAUUAAGCUCUCUGAGGGGGCUUAUUUAUUUCAAACACUUUUGAGGGGGAGGGGGCUGGGGGCGGCUUAAGAGAGACGGGGGGCUUACACUGUAUUUGAGAGGGGGGCUUCAUUAAUUCACCAAAGACAUUGGAGUCAGUUCUCUAUACACAAUUGCAAAGUGGAAAAGCUGGCAAGUACAAAAAAUUGAAGGUCACGCAGCUGACGAUCAAAAACAAUUCCGAACUUCCAGCUGGUGAAUAAACCAUCCCGGAUCAGUCCACACGAAGUUUUACAGUCGUGGUUGAUUAAUACAGUCUAUCAUUUAUCAGUGAAUAUUAAUAAGGGGGAGGGGAGGGAGGCUUAAAAGAGAGGGGUGGGGGGGGGACUUAUUAGUUACUUUCUUUCCCUGAGAAGGGGGCGAGGGAAGCUUAAUAAAGGAUUUACGGUAAAAGUAUGACUGAAACUUGGGACCACUGAGAAACAAAAUCCAAGACAGUCUCGGAUUACCUUACAUCGGCCAACAGUCAUAAGUAUGAACAUUUGCGCAUUAUUAACCUAGUGUUGUAACUUUUCUCUGCAGAGUUCCUAGAUGAUGUUCAGAUUGAUGCCUGUAACAAGUUUUCUGGCCUGGAUUACCCUGUGACACCAACCCUUUUCCUGGAGUUCCAAGGAUCAGAAAACAGUGUCAAGGAACAAGCCGCUGUUGCAGGUGAGCUACAAAUGUUACUGUUAAUGCUCUACCUUUUCGGCCAUUUGAAGCUUUACGUUAGACAGGGUUGGAGUUAGACUACCAGUAGACCCUCCAUUUCGUCUGGGAUAGUAGAGCGCGUGAAAAUGCUUCUGGUUCAUGCGCGCUCGCGCACCAGCAUUUCACUCGCUAAACUAUCUCUAAUGAAAAGUGAAAGACAGUAGACUACUCCUAGUCAAGGUUGGGUUGGUCGCACUUUAAUUUCACUGUAUAGCUCCGCCGAAUAUUACAGACGUUUUUACAAACGACUGUAAAAUUACGCAGCUUUGUGUAGCAAUAGUAAACUUACGCAACAGAAUGGGAAAGGAAAGAAGGCGGCAAACCUUUCGUGACAAGCGUGACCGCAAUUUUUCCUUCUGUCCUGUUGUGUACACUUCCUGAUAUAUUCGCUCGCUUUUAACUUAUCUCCUUUAGAGGUGGUACGUUCCCCAAAUUUAAGGCGCUCUUUCCAGCGGUAUCAGUUGAUAUUUGCUUAACUAGUCUGAAACAAAAGCUGAAAAAAAAAAACCGUGAAAGUAACCUUUCCACAGACCCUGUAUGUUCUCUUCUAAGUCCAUCGAGUGCAUGUGAUAAAAAACAAAAACCGUGGCGGAUUUAUUGACCGCCAGCGCAAAGAACGGAAAGAAAAAUAAAACAACGUAUGUGGACAGGCAACCCUGGAGGGGUCUAUUUUCACCCAGUUUCCUGCAGUCAGGUGUGAAUGAAAAUAACUUAACCCUUUCACUGCCAGAGUGUUUGAUAGAGUUUUUGUAAGAUGGCUUUUGAGUCCGUGGACGAAAUCCUAUGAUAUGACCAUUCAAAUGAAAGCUCUCUGUCUGUACUUUUACAUAGUGCUAUUUGCUUUUUAAAACUUUACAAAAGGAAAUUUGCAAACUUUGUCGAAAUUUGCCUUUGGCUAAAUUUGGCAGUGAAAUGGUUAAAACAUGAUGAUCUUUACCUGCACUUUUUCAGGGGAGGUUAUUGAAAGUAAUGGUGGUUCUAAAUUCAAGUGGGCCACUGAACUGGAAGAACGAAACAAGCUGUGGAAAGCGAGACACAAUGCCUGGUAUGCUGAUAUGGCGCUAAGACCUGGAUGCAAGGUAAAUGACACGGAAAUGUGAUUUUCAUUCUGCCUUUCCAAUUCUAAUGUUCCUCACUGACCACUGUAAGGUCAGGGUUCCUUCUUUAGGUAUCGAGGCACAGAUUACGUUCAACAAAGGAAACAAUACAACCAAACAAUAAAACCACCAGGGCCCAGUUGUUCGAAGGCCGAUUAGCACUUAACCCGGGUUAAUUUAACCCAGGUUUCUUUUUCUUGUGUUCAAAAGCAUUUUCUCUGAUAAUUUUCUUUGAUAUUUUUAGAGCUUCUAAUCAUGAACUUGUAGAAAAAAACCUUAAAACUGAAAUGCUUUUUAAGCUUUCAAAUCUAAAUUCAAAUCUCGCACUAACCCUGGGUUAUCUUAACCCAGCUUUGAACAACUCGGCCCAGGAGAGCUCUAUUGUUUGUUUCCUUCGUUUCUUUUGUGUUGACGGUACCUGCAGAAAGACCCAUUUAAUCGUGAACUUAAUUGAUCGAACCAAGCCCGCUACGCUAAAAUCCUGGUUUUAAGCCCAUAUUCCAGUUAUAAUCCCCUUCCCGCUUUUAAGUCUCCCUCCGUAGUUACAGUUCAUCUAUGUUUAUCAGUAUUAUAUCUUGUUUGUACUAGUUUUAGUAAAAGUGACAGUUCAGGCCCCAGUUGUUCGAAAGAUGAAUAACGCUAUCCAUCGAAUAAAUCUCUAUCCAAAGCAUAACUCAAUUGGUUUCUCUAAUACUUAUCCGGUGGAUUGCGCUAUCCAGCGUUUGAACAACCGGGAGCAGAACGACAACACCACCAAUAACUUUUUAUUUAAACACGACAAUUUUACAGCGUAACGGAUGUGGUCGUGUAUAAUAUAACUAAAACGGUCAGUAUAUAGUAGUAACGAAAAGAGACUAAAAACAUUUACCCGGCUGACUUCGCACGCAAUUAUUUACAUUUUACUAUUUAGAGCUUUCUAUCUACAGUUUUCCAUAUGCAAUGUGUCAUUGAAAUGAAUGUGAAAGUUAGUUAACCAUGACCUCGCACUUAUCUUUCGUGGCAAAAAAAAAAAAAAAAAAAAAAUAGCCAUUAAGAGCUUAUUACAUAAAUAAUAUACAAUAUACGCCACAGAAUAUAAUACUAACUACACUAGAAUUUCUUUACGUACCAUAAACUUAAAUCCUUUGUACCUUUUUUCAGCAUUGAAGCGUAUGUAUUUAGUUUUGUAAUAUAAAAAUAAAGUGGAAAGUAUAUAAUGAAACAAAAAAGAAAAUAAAAAUAUUUCCCGCUGACCUCCCACAACAAUAUUUUUAUUUUUUAUUUUUAAGAUUUUUAUUUAUAGUUUUUCCUUUAUAAAUUGUUCAUUAAAAAAAAAUGAAAAAUAAAUAAACCCAACCCCCCCCUUUUCUUUUCUGGGCAAAAAAAAAAAAAAAAACGGAGCUCAUAAACGAGCAUUUCCGUUAUUAGGCUCCCAAAGCGGGUAAGGUCAUCAACGGGUAGUAAACGGUAUUGUGAGGAGAUCCCAUAAAAACAUACGUUUGUAAACUUUUACAAACUUAAAUGGCCUCGUACUUGUGAGGAAAGCCAUAAACAAAUAAUUUUGUAUGCUCUUACAAACAUUAACUGUUUCGUACCCGUGUAGCUAUCUGUAGCGUUUCGUGGGCUGAUUUGCAUGCGUGUGUCAAUGAUUAAUCUUGAUCCUGUGAACCAUUUUAGGGCGUGUCCACAGACGUUUGUGUCCCGAUUUCAAAACUUCCAGAAAUCAUCGUGGAAACUAAAGAAGAUAUCGUGGCUCAUAACUUAGUAGGUAAGUUUGUGAAGCUAUGAGAAAGAAACAAAACAAAAGGGAAAGGAAAACAAAUCAAUCAGAUGCCAAGUAGUAAAUCUUUCACUCUUACCGGUGUGAUGCCUUCGCAAAAUGAUUUUGAUAAGAUAAAUCAAAUGUGCCUGUGGUCGUACGAUCUCGAUCUCAAUCUGUUAUUCCGGCAAUCAUUACAAUCUGUGGUUUGUCCUUCCUUUGCAUUAGAUCACUUUUUUUCACUGUUUAGUUUGAUCGCCACGAAAUUGAGCAAUUGUCCGUGGAGCGGUUGUCAUCUGUAAACAACAUGUGGCGGUUUGGGGAAAUUUUCACAAUUUAUGUUACGCACUUUUGCAAGAAAAUGUUUUGCCAUCACUGCAUAGCGAACGCAAGGGUUUGGGAUCAGACAUCUAGUAGAUUUUCGCCGAGGUUAAAGUAGGGCUUGUCCACGCGUUUUUAUUCAUUUUCACUUAAACUUAAUGAAUGUUGUCCUCAAGAACUAUACUUCGCUUACAGCGAUUGGUGGUUAACCCCUUAAGCCCCAAGAUCCACAUACAAAUUCUCCAGACUGAUCUCCAUACAUUUCUAUUAAGAAUAGUUGAGAGAAUUUGGUUUAAGAUCAAAGCAUUCUCCCUUUGGUAAUCAGUUUAGUAAUUCUCAUAACCUUUACUCUUGAUGAUCUGCUGAUGUUGUCAGGAGAAAAUUGAUGUUUAUCACUCUUGGGACCCAAAGGGUUAACAGAAUACACGUUUAUUUCCAGCCCCCAUUGUUGGUCACGUAGGUGACGGAAAUUUUCAUUGUUUUAUUCCAAUAAAACCGGACGACGAGGAAGAGCACCGCGCUGUAAAAGAGUUCACUCUCAGACUGGGAAGGUAGGCGGCUCCCAUGGUUUAAUUGUCUUUCUUCUCUUUUUGGUUUAGCCCCAAUUGUCGGGCAUGUUGGAGAUGGGAACUUUCACUGUGUUUUGCCCCUUGAUUUUGAAUGCUAGGAAGAGAUUAGACAAGGAAAAGAAUUUAUAGACAGACUAGCAAGGUACGCUUUGUGUACUCAAGUGUAGAUAGCUGCGUCUCCUGUCCUUUGGAACAAAGGCAAAACCAAGGGUAUCACUAAUGAGUGGUCAGGGGCAUACAUGUCAUUUCCUUCCAGAAAAUCUUUGGCAGGUUAUAAGACCUUUCCCAUCAAUUAUUAGACGUGAUCAUUGUGAGUGAGGGGCAAUGUAAAGUUCAUGGGCGACACUAAGGAAACCAAGUGCGACUACAGAUGAGAACUCCAGUGUUUAAAUAAACGUUUCCUGAGUUGAUGAUCAGUGUUUAUGGUCUCUUAAUGACGGGUUUAUUCAUGUCCUAGGUUUGUCUGGAGCUGAAGCUCAGCGAGAAGUCAUCUACAAACAGUUAUCUUAGGAAAAAGAUAGAAACAUUGAUAUUAGGGAGCUUAAGCAACGACAAUGGCGACGGCUACGAAAACGUCUCUUAAAAAGUGAAUUCGCGUUGCCUCAAACUUUAUCGCACUUAUUCCAUCUCGUUUUAUUCGUCAAAUGUUGGCAAACUUCUUUGAAAUUUUUUAAAGUUCGGGAAAAGAAAAAGAAAAUUGUUGGUUUGUGUUCCCAUACUCGACAGAAAGGUGAAAUUAGGCAUUUUUACGUUGUAGUCGUACAACGACGAAUUGUUAUUUUGCUAAUCUAAACCUAUUGGUUCAUUGCUGUUCUCGUUGCCUUCGCCGUCGUCGUUCUUUAGCUUCCUAUUGGCUGCUUCAAGGUCUAGACCACUGUAAUACCUAGGGGGAACUGGAAACAAUGGCUGUGCAAACUCUUUUCAUUUGUGAUGGGGGCGGUUGCUUACAAGGUGUAUUAUGGGAUAGGCAAAAAUAGUGAAUUGAACUGAGGGACUUUUUAUGGGGGUCGGGGGGGAGGGGUGGGGGAGUGGGGGUGGAAGGAAAUAUUGACCCAGUUUCCUCCGCGGCUUUGGAAAAAAAGAAGCGAUAUUGUCAUCAAAACGGUCUCAUAGUACAAUCCGAAGCAGCAACGGUCCAAUCUAGAUGUCACGUUCCACCUCAUAGUAGAGACCUUUAGAUUCGAGGACGAGGACGACUACGAGUACGAGAUUUCACUUGAGGUUUUUUCGCCGCGUCUUCCCAAAAUAUAGAUUUCCCGAAAAGCUUCAUUUUACCAUUUUUCGCUAGAAAAGUUAGCAUUGUUAUCUUUAGUGAAGGAGGCUACGUGCUAUCCCGAUCCCAAAAUGAUAAAACUUCUAACAUUUGAUAUCUUGUUUUCGCUACCGACAUUCGCGCGAAAACUUGUAGUGAAAUGACGACGGCCACCACGUUUUCCCGCCAAAAUUACGCUGGCUCACGCGCGUAAUCCACUUGAUAGGCUGAUUUAGCAACAGAACGGGAACGUCAAUUGACGACAGCGCGCAAAUCAAACAACUGGUUUGACCAAUCGCAGAGCGGUAAAUUGAGCACCACAAGUAGUGAUUUGUCCUUUCCGCGCGCUUUCCUUCGUCAACUGACGUUCCGGUUCUGUUGCUAAAUCAGCCUAAUCUUGAGAAAAUCUCGUACUCGUAGUCGUACUCGUUUUAGAAUCUAAAGGUCUCUAAUAGCCAGUGCUUGAAUGUAAAUUUUCUUGUUUUCAGACGCGCAUUGGCUUUGGGCGGUACCUGUACAGGUGAGCAUGGUAUUGGAUGCGGCAAGCAAGCGCUCCUUCCUGAAGAGAUCGGCGAAACUGGAUUAAACGUAAUGAAAGAAAUUAAGACUCUGUUGGACCCUAACUGGAUUAUGAAUCCGGGAAAAGUGUUCUUGUGA